UGGAAGGCAGCGCGGAGCACCGAGGCGGCGGCGGCGGCGUGAGGCGGGGAGGGGGGAGUCUCCUCGCUGCUCCCCCAAGUCGGCGCGGAGCCGCCUCGGGCCGGGCUGAGGGCUGCGCGGCGGCGGCGGGGCCCGGCCAGGAUGCGAGGCUCCCGGGACCGCGCCGGGCGGGGCGGGCGGCGGCGGGAGGCGGGCGGGAGCUGUCCGCGGUGCUGAAGCGGCGGCGGCGGCGGCAGGGACGCGGGGCCAGGAGCCGGGGAGCCCUUUUGGGAGCUCUACCGCGGCCGCGAGGCGGGGGCGCCGUCGCUCGCCGGCCGAUGCCGGGUCCUCGAGCCCCGCGGAGGAGGCGGGACCGUCCGCAGCGGGACAGGCUCUGUGAGGGCUGUGCGGCUGGCCCUGUCUUCCCUCCCUGGAGCCGCCCCUAGAACUAUGGAGAGCCUGAGUGAACUACAGAACCCACUGCUGCCUGGGAGCCCUGCCCACCUCUGCAGCUCCUAUCCCUACGCAGAGGCCCCGCCCAGCUGGUCCUACCAGGAGAAGCUCUACUCCUACCUCCUGGGGGGUGCUGACCCUGCUCACACACACCAACUCCUGGACCCAGGGUCCCUGCAGCUGGCUGUAGAGGCCUGGUAUCGGCCCAGCUGCCUCCUGGGGAGGGACAAGGUCAAGGAGCCCAGGGCAGGAAGUUGUGAGACCAGCUUCACAGAGGCCAAGGAGCCCCAGGCAGGGCCCACAGAGCAGUGCACGGAACCUGGCCAAGAUGAAGAGGAUGUCACCAUCCACACUGUGUCCUAUGGGGUUCAAGAGGAGCUGCAGGGCCAGGAGGACAGCCAGGAGGAGGAGGAGAGUGAGGCGACCUCCACGGAGAGUGAAAGUGAAGACAACUUCCUCACGCUGCCUCCCAGGGACCACCUGGGUCUCACUCUCUUCUCCAUGCUCUGCUGCUUCUGGCCACUGGGCAUUGCUGCCUUCUAUUUCUCCCAAGGGACCACCAAGGCCAUCUCCAAAGGGGACUUCCGCCUGGCCAGCACCACCUCCCGCCGGGCCCUAUUCCUGGCCACGCUCUCCAUUGCAGUGGGGGCUGGUCUCUAUGUGGCUGUGGUGGUGGCUCUGGCAGCUUACAUGUCCCAGAAUGGCCAUGGUUAGUGGCCAGUAGACCUGCAUCCUGAUUCCCCUGGCCUACCUGAGGAAGCAGCGGGGCUCGAGGCUGCAGACUACGGAGAGUCCUGGUCCCCUGAACUGUGAAUGUGGCGUGCAGAGCUCAACCUUCACUUCUUCCCACCCACUGCUCCCAGUCCCAGGGCAGGCCAGGGCCACUGACAGGAAGCAGAAGAAUCAGGGAUGUCCUCCUACCUAACAAGGCUGAGCCCAGCCCAUUCUGCCUGUUCUCUACAGGGUCUGCUGCCCUGCAGGCAGCCCACAGGCUACUCCCCAGCUUCCCCACAGAGAGAAAGCAGGAAGUUCCAGGGAAGGAAAGGGGUUGCCAGGGGACAGGGGUCCUGACCUAGUCCUUUUAGCCCAUCGGGGUCUUCACCUGGGGACAGCCUGAGCAGCUUCUCCCAAGUCUACUCUCUGGUCCCGUGAUGCCCCAACCCAGUCAAUCAGGAAGGAAAAACAUGGAGACACAGGUGUACCCUGUUCUUUCUGAUUCUUGGGAGCUGUUUAUCUCCCCUGUGAGCAAGUAAGACACUAUAGAUCCUGGAUAGAGAAGGGAGUCUCAGCAUGUCAACUCUGAACCAAGGGCAGGGCCCUAGCGCACUUCUGUGCAAGAACAAAAGGCAGAGGCUAGAGGGCCCUGAAACACUACUGGGCCACGGGGAUCUCCCCUUCUGCCCCAGUUCCCUCUCCACUAUCAUACCUGGGCCUAAACUGGUGCCCUCCCAGGAAGGCUGAGAGAGCAUGCCCUCAGCCCCUAGCCACAGGGCACAGGGACCUAGAUCCAACCUGUUGUAAAGAUGUGGAAGAAAGGGGGCGGUGAGUGUAGCGGAGGGGAGGGACCGGGAGAGGGGACUGCUGAGGAGCCAGCAGAGCUAAGGAGCAUCUUUCCAGAGGAGGGGUCCUCUGAGUCAGGCCCAGAAAGACGGGUAGAAUCCUCCUAAGGAAAUUGUUUCCACAUAACUCCUCAUAUUGGUGGGCAGGGGUAUGGCAAGAGCCUCCCACGGGGUUUCCAAGCUGUUUAGAUUCUGCCUGAAACAUUCAGGCUGGAGCCAAAUGGCAGCCAUCUCUGAGCACUCUUCCAACAUGAGGAGCAAGGUUGAGCCUCUCUCUCUCUCUCAAAGACCAGUAAUGUUUUGUCAUCUCUGAAUCCUGGGGGUUCAGUGGUGGGCCCCUGGUCAGGCUGGGGCCACUGUCACAGAUAUGUCAGGGCUGCUCUUGUCACCAGCCUCCCACCCCAGCCAUCAGGCAGGCAGGGAGGCAGUAGGCUGCACAGGCAGGCCCCUGGGGGCUCCAGUUACAGGAUGAUUUAUGCAAAAUGUGGGGAUGUGGUUAUUCCUAUGCCCCAUCCAGAGCCCAGAUGGGUCUAUGGCUUCACCACUGACCAAUCCUUGUCCCACAUCCUCUCCCACCUUAUGCAUUGCCCAACCCACCAAUCCCUGCAUCACUGGCAGUUUUAAUGUCCCCUUAUUGUAUUUAUUUAUC